AUGCAGUGGGGUGUCUUCCCCGCCGUCCUCCUGGGCGCGACGUUCUGCGUCGUCGUCGUGGGAGGGGCCUCGCUCCGUCGGGCCCUUUGCAACAAGGCGCCCGACGAGUGCGAGUGGCUGGCCGCCCCCGACACCGGCGAAGGGACCAAAAACAGCCCGGAGUCGCUCGUCUGCCGGUUGCGCUCGAUAUCGGGGACCACCAGCCUCGUGGGCAACCUGUCGAGCUCCCAGCUCGAGAACGUCCUCUCGCUGGCGUUCGAGUGCAGCGAAGGCCUCCGCUUCGACGGCCAACUCGAGGAGGCGACUACCUGGCCAGCUGGAUUUCUGGGCGCCCUGCCUAGGCUAGAGCGAUUGCGCCUCGAGUACUGCAAGGUUCGCAACUUGCCUGGUGGGGCCUUCGCCUCGGCACCCGGACUCCGUAAAUUGACGAUGCGGUCCCACAGCGCCGACUGGUCCUCGGCGGCUCUCGAUCUGCACAGGGACGCGUUGCGGGGUCUACCGAAAUUGCGGGAGCUGGACCUGGCGGAUAACAACGUGUGGAGCCUACCGGGGGAGUUUCUCUGUCCGAGUCCGAGUUUGGCUAGUCUUAACUUGACACGCAACAGGUUGCAGGACGUGGCCUCGCUCGGACUCGCCGAUUGGGCCAGCGCGUGUGCCCAGAACCUCCAAAUCCUCGACCUCAGCUCGAACGAGUUGAGUGCACUGCCGGACAACGGUUUGGCUGGUCUUCGUGCGCUCACCGCGCUGCGUGUGCAGGACAAUGCUAUCGCAGCUGUCGGGGAUUACGCGCUUGCCGGUCUGCACAAUCUCCGAUCAUUGAAUUUGUCGAGCAACCGGCUGGUGGCUCUGCCGCCCGAGCUCUUCGCAAAGAGCCGCGAACUCCGGGAACUCGUGCUGAGCAACAACUCGCUGGCCGUGCUGGCACCCGGGCUCCUGGACGGACUAGAGCACCUGCAGUCGUUGGACCUGAGCGCGAACGAGCUCACCAGCCAGUGGGUCAAUCGCGACACGUUCGCCGGCCUCAUCCGUCUGAUCGUGCUCGACUUGUCUUUCAACCAGCUGACCCACAUAAACGAACUCAUGUUCAAGGACCUGUACACCCUGCAGAUCCUAAGUUUGCAGUACAACGAGAUAGAACUCAUACCCGCGGGCACCUUCGCUCCCAUGAGUAACCUGCACACCCUCGAGCUCUCGCACAACAGACUGAAGCGCUUGGACGCCCAGUCGCUCAAUGGGCUGUUUGCCCUGUCCCAGUUGGCCCUAAACUUCAACCUCCUCGAGGGCAUACACUCGGACGCCUUCAAGAACUGCUCCAGCAUCCAAGACCUCCAGCUAUCCGGGAACAGCUUGCCGGUCGUGCCCAGCGCCCUUCGGGACAUGGGAGUCCUGAAGAUGCUCGACCUCGGCGAGAACCGCAUCUCGAGCCUCGCAAGGGUCGACUUUGCCGGGUUGAGCGGUCUGUACGGGCUCCGACUGAUGAACAACGCGAUCGGCAACGUGACGCGCGACGUACUGGCCGAAAUGCCGGCCCUGCAGAUACUCAACUUGGCCCGCAACGCCAUAGCAAGAGUCGAACCCGGGUCCUUCGACGACAACCUAAAGUUACAGGCCAUCCGGUUGGACGGGAACAGGCUGACCGACAUGUCAAGCUUGUUUGCCAAACUGCCGAACCUCGUCUGGCUGAAUGUGAGCGACAAUAGAUUGCAAGGCUUCGACUACGCGAUGAUACCGAGCUGCCUGCAGUGGCUGGAUCUCCACGCGAAUGAGAUCACGGAGCUGGGCAACUACUACGAGAUCGAGUCGCAGCUGCAGCUGAAGACCUUCGACGCGAGCGUCAACAAGCUGACGGAGAUAACGGGGAGCUCGGUGCCGACGGGCGUCGAGAUGCUCUACCUCAAUGACAACCGGAUAGCCCGGGUGCAGAGCUACGCGUUCUUCAAGAAGCCCAACCUGACGCGCGUCGACCUCAAGGCAAACCGCAUACGCCGACUCGAGCCGUACGCCCUAAGGAUAAGCGCCGUGUCCCCCGACAAGCCCCUGCCCGAGUUCUACGUGGCCGACAACGACUUUCUCUGCGACUGCACCAUGGAGUGGCUCCAGCGCGUCAACCGCCAAGAGAUCGGCACGGCCAGUCGCGUCCAACCGCGCGUCAUGGACCUCGAGAGCAUAGAGUGCGACCUCCUUUACGACCGGGAACGAACCCGGGUGGCCCUAUUGGAGGUCGCUCACUCCCAAUUCCUCUGCGAGUACGACAGCCACUGUUUCGCCCUGUGCCACUGCUGCGACUUUGACGCGUGCGACUGCGAGAUGACCUGUCCGACCAAUUGCACCUGCUACCACGACCAGACGUGGACGGCCAACGUGGUCGACUGCUCGAGCGCGGGGUACAAGAAGCUGCCCGGCCGCGUGCCCAUGGACGCGACCGAGCUCUACCUCGACGGCAACGACCUCGGCGAGCUGAUCUCGCACUCGUUUAUCGGCCGCAAGAGGCUCGGCACCCUCUACCUGAACGCCUCGGGGAUCGAGAGUCUGCAGAACCGCUCGUUCAACGGGCUCAAGAACCUCGAGGAGCUCCACCUGCAGGACAACGGCCUCAGGGAGCUCGAGGGCCACGAGUUUCUCGGCUUGGAGGCGCUGCGCGUCCUCCGGCUCGAGCGCAACGCCAUCGAGGCCAUAUCUAACACCACCUUCCUGGGACUGCGCUCGCUGAGGGUGCUCCACCUCGAGGGCAAUCGGCUGGUCGGUCUGGCCGUGUGGGCCCUACCCCCGGGCCUCGAGCUAACCUUCGCCGACAAUCCUUGGUCCUGCGACUGUGGCUACAUACGCGAGUACCGCGAGUGGGCCACGGGCUCGUCGGCCGGGCGCGUCCUCGACGCGGCGAGGCUCAGCUGCGCGUACAACGGCACGGGCGAGGACGUGGCCAUGGCCUCCACCCCGGCCGACACGGAGAUCCUCGUUCCCCUCGGUGGCCAUCACCAGGUGGUGCGGCGCAGCUACAGGUUCUCACUGCUGACGGGCCGGGGCUUCGACGUCAAUGGCUCCAUUUGCACGGACCUCGAGAGCGUCGAGAGCGGCCUGACGGGGCUGCAGAUCGGCAACAACAACACCAAGACUUACAUCGGCAAGCAAGCCCUGGGCGACCACUUGCCCCUCCUUGUGGGUACUCUGGCGGGCUUUCUUCUGCUCCUCGUUGGGUGCAUGCUCGGCUUUGUGUUCCGGCACGAGAUGCGCGUCUGGCUGCACUCGCGUUUCGGGGUGAGGCUGUUUUAUCGGCACGCGGACGCCGAUCGGGGCGACCGGGACGACAAGCUGUUCGACGCGUUCGUCAGCUACAGCUCCAAGGACGAGGCCUUCGUCGCCGAGGAGUUGGCCCCGGUGCUGGAGCUCGGCCAGCCGAGUUACAAGCUGUGCCUGCACUACCGGGACUUCCCGGUGGGCAGCUUCAUCGCGGACACGAUAGUCCAGGCGGUCGAGUCGUCGCGGCGGACGAUCAUGGUGCUCUCGGAGAAUUUCAUCAAGUCCGAGUGGUGUCGGUUCGACUUCAAGUCCGCCCAUCACCAGGUGUUGCGGGACCGAAGGCGCAGGUUGAUCCUCGUGCUCGUGGGGGACGUGCCGCAGCGCGACCUCGACCCCGACAUAAGGCUCUACCUCAAGACCAACACGUACCUGCAGUGGGGCGACAAGCUCUUUUGGGAGAAGUUGCGCUUCGCCCUGCCCGACGUGCCCAACAACCAGCGGCCGACGAGCACGGCUGCGAGCAUGGCCGCUCUACACCACCACCGGAGGCAGCCCCCGCCACCCGUCAGGCGACAGCACAACAACCAAACCGGCGCCACACCCGCGGAACGCUCGAGGACGCUCUCGGUGCACAUCUAG